UUUCCUCUUAAUCCCUGUCCCUUCUUCCCUCCAUAGGCACCUUUUUUGGGUCAAUGUCAUGGUCCCUAUAAGCGCUUUGUUAGGUUUAGAUCUGUUUAGACCCAACACUGCAGGGACAGGUUUCGUCUUGGAUCCCUCAGUCCGCUUCGUGUGAAUGGGCUCAGGGGCGCUCUUCUGCUGAGCAGGCAGAUGGAGGAUUGUCCUGAGGACCAGGCAGAACAAUUCACGAGGAUCUUGGGGCGAUCAGCCGGAAGGGGGCCUGAUGGAGUCUCCUGCCAGUGCUGGAAAUGAGACCGGGAAGGCCGUAGGCCGCUGUGGGUGAUGCAGGACAGAGACCAUUGCACUUAUGGCUCUUCUUCUCUUAGCUUCUAAGGUUCUUGCUUUUCCAAACCCAGAAGACAGUGCACGGAGCCAGGGGACAUCAGCCAUGCUCCAAACAUCUUGGCCUCAGGAGUCAGUGACCUUUGAGGACGUGGCCGUGUACUUCACCCAGAACCAAUGGGCGAGCUUGGACCCUGCACAGAGGGCCCUGUACGGGGAGGUGAUGCUGGAGAAUUAUGCAAAUAUGGCUUCUCUGGCAUUUCCAUUCCCCAAACCUGUUCUGAUCUCCCAACUGGAGAGAGGGGAAGCACCAUGGGGCCCAGAUCCCUGGGAAGCGGAGGUUUUGAGAGGUAUCCAUCCAGGUGGUGAGUCCUGGAUCAAGAAGGAAGAGCCAGCUGUAAAGCAGGAAGCCUCUGAAGAAGCAGAGGUGCACAGAAUGCCAGUAGGAGGACUUCUCAGAAACGUUGCUCAGCACUUUGAUUUUAAAAGCAAGGCAACAUGGCAGACUUUCAGUCUGAAUCCGAAUCUGAUACUUCGAGGUGGAAUGAAGUUCUAUGAAUGUAAAGAAUGCGGAAAAAUCUUCAGAUAUAACUCAAAGCUUAUUCGGCAUCAGAUGAGUCAUACUGGAGAAAAGCCCUUCAAAUGUAAGGAAUGCGGCAAAGCUUUCAAGUCCAGCUAUGACUGUAUUGUCCAUGAGAAGAAUCACAUUGGAGAAGGGCCUUAUGAGUGUAAGGAGUGCGGCAAAGGUUUGAGUUCCAACACGGCCUUGACUCAGCAUCAAAGGAUCCACACUGGAGAGAAACCCUAUGAGUGUAAGGAGUGUGGAAAGGCUUUCCGUAGGAGUGCAGCAUAUCUUCAGCAUCAGAGACUACACACUGGAGAGAAACUCUAUAAAUGUAAGGAAUGUUGGAAAGCUUUUGGUUGUAGGUCACUUUUUAUUGUCCAUCAGAGAAUUCAUACGGGGGAGAAACCCUACCAAUGUAAGGAGUGUGGCAAGGCCUUCACUCAGAAGAUAGCCUCCAUUCAGCACCAACGAGUUCACACUGGAGAGAAGCCUUAUGAAUGUAAGGUGUGUGGGAAGGCCUUCAAAUGGUAUGGCAGUUUUGUUCAGCAUCAGAAGUUGCACCCUGUGGAGAAGAAGCCUGUCAAGGUUCUUGGGCCAUCCCUGAUGACUCCCCAGUGCCCCUCUUCAGCCUUAUCUCCAGUUCCUCUCCAGAGUCCAUGCUCUGCUCCAGCUGUGGCUGUGCCUUCACUGACCUUUCCACAUGCUGUGCUCAUUCCUACCUCUGGGCCUUUGUUCAUGCUGCUGCCCACAUCUGGAAUACCUUCUUCACCUGUCCAAAUAGUACGAGUCUUCCAGGGUCUUACUCCCACUGUGAAGCCUUCCCCAAUUUUUCUGACUCCUUCUUCUCACCCCUCAUGAUCUUUAUCUGCCACUCCUAUGGCUCUGAGGCCCAGCAAAUCUCCAAGCUAAUUUGAGUUUCAUUUGUG